AUGUCUAAGUUUGUUUUACCUACUGCAUUGAAGGAAUUAAGAUUCCAUUUAUCCCAAACAGGAGAUGCAUCUGUUCCAUUAAGACAAUUUUUAACUAAGAAUUAUCAAAGUUUAAAAGAAAGUUAUGGAAUUCCACCAAGUGUCACAGCAAGAUUUGAAAAGGGUAAAGAAAUCAAGAAUAACUUAGAAGGUUUGGAUGAAAAGGGAAUCAUAAAGGCAUUACAAGAUUUAUUGAAGAACUAA